UAAGUUUGGUCACACUUGCUUUUGUGUCAAAACAAACUUUAAUGUAAUGUCUUUGUAAAUUUUUGAUACGACUUUAAGCGUAAAAAUACAAUUAAGUCAGGAUAAAUUCAAUUAUAAAUAGUUGCGAAAAUAAGCAGGAUGGAAAACGGAAGCGACCAGUCCUAUGAGGACUUUUUUGACAAUUUACACAGUGAUUCGGGACCCCGAAACUUGCGUCAGAUUUUUGAGGAUGACGACCGGCCUUUGGAGCACGAAUCAUCCAGUUUACGUUAUCAACCGGGUAGCUCCAAGAAAUCACAGAGUAGCAAGAAGCCGGUAAAAAGCCAUAGUAGUACUUUAAGCGUGGCAGAUCCUUUUGCUCCCACAUGGAAUACGGUGGUGGCCAAGGUGGUACAUUGUUAUUUAAGCACCGAAAGCAUGGGUCGUGUGGGACUGGCUUUAUCGGUGUACGGUGAGAAGGAGGACUUCAAAUUGAUUGUCUACAAAAGCAAGACCAAGGUCUUGACCACCCUGCAAUUGAGUCCUCGUGGCUGUAGGCUGAUCCAGCGGGAUUCCUACCUUCAGUUCUAUGACGAUGAUAAACGUUUCUGGAGCUUGCGAUUCGACAAGGAAUCCGACGAAGACGAAUUUGUUGCAGUUUUGGCGAAGAAUCAACUACAAGUUGAGCGUUUUGUGGGCCAUGCGCCAUUACUAUCUUCGGGGAGAUCCCUGAGCCCCAGCUCUAAGGAAGACACGGCCAGUCCUCCACAGCCGCAACCGCGUUCACGUUUGGGGAUUCCAAGUCUAGAAAAGCUAGAUGCUGAGGAACCCGAAAAGGAACAAACUAUUCAUAACGAAGAUGUGAUAGUCACACCACUGCCGCUACCCAUAGGCUCAUCAUACAAUCAAAAGAAACCGAAUUCCAAAUUCCUGGCCACCUCUGAAAAAACUAGUGAUAAUUCCCUGGCUGUGAAAACAUUGGACAAAUACAUGGACGAACAGCGGGCCUCGGGAAUGCUGAUGGAGAACAAAAUGGACGCCAUUCUGCAGGCCUUGAAACUCAUGGGAAAGCCAGGAGUUGCCGUUGAUGCACCCAAUGAAUCGGUUAUUGAACACGUCGAUGAGGAUGAGAUGCUGGAACUAGAGCAGAAGUUGCUUAACUUCAAGCGAGAAAAUCGUGCCUUGAUGAGGAACCUUAAAGCGCGUGAUCAGGCAUUAGAGGAUCUACGUUGCUCUGCUUGCGCUCUUUGCGAGGAACUGAUGCGCAGGAAUGACGAUCUCAAUGAGCAGAAUGCCCAUUUGUUGGCAAUUAAAGAUCAUUCCGAUUUAAGUUCAGCUUCCUCAUGUCACAAUUGCGUGCAGUCUUCCAAGCAAAUAGCUAAAAUGCAGCAGCACAUUUUGGCCCUGCAGGAAGCCCUGCGAAUCUUUCAGAAAUCAGGGGAUCCCAAGUCGGGUCGUUUAUAGUUGCUAUCAAUGUUUAUAUGCUUUGUAUUAUUAUUACCCAAGAAUGUAUUAAGUUGUUUGUUAAUACUCGUAACAUAUCCAUAAAUACAUGCCAGACACUACCAGCUA